AUGAAUGGAGAAGAGUAUCAGGCUGUCGUCUACAACUCAGCCCGUGAUGGUAAUUUAAGAAGAUUGCGGAUUUUUUUAGAAGAUAGAACAAAGGACUGGUUGGAUAAGUGCUUUUGUGGUUCUUCCCGGAAAACCCCGCCAAUUGUGAUUGCUGCUCGCAAUGGGCAUCUUGAAGUAGUACGAUAUUUGCUGCUAAAAGGUGCAGAUGUUUCUGCCACUGGAACAGUUUCUUUUGAUGGCGAAGUUAUACCCCAUGCACCAGCGUUGUGGGCAGCAGCAGCUGCUGGGAAUUUAGACAUUGUCAAAUGUCUAGUAGAGGAAGGACAUGCUGAUAUAAAUCAGACGACGGAUACGCAUAGUUCUCCACUGCGCGGCGCUUGUUACGAUGGUCACUUGGAUGUUGUGAAAUAUUUGGUUGAGAGAGGAGCAGAUUUUGAGUUAGCAAACCAGCACGGUCAUACUCCACUUAUGAUAGCUGCUUUUCGGAAGCAUCAUUUUGUCGUGAAAUAUCUUUUGUCUCAAGGAGCUGACCCACUAAAGGCUUCAGAAAGAGGGAACACUGCUUUACACGAUGCGGCGGAGGCUGGAAGUGUUCCAAUAACACGUUUGCUGCUUGAUUCAGGAGCAGUGAACGUUCCAGACGAUGCAAAUGUUACUCCAUUGAAAUGCGCUGCCAUGUCAGGAAACGAAGAAGUAAUUCGGUUAUUUGAGCCUAUAGUGGAUUCACAGCAGAUGCGAGAAGCUUUAAAGUUGUAUGGUGCAACACUGGUGGACAAGAAGAUGGAUUUGGGAGCUGCAACGAAAAUUUGGGAGGAAGCCAUGAACUAUGGCAAACCAUUGUCAGAAAGGAAGCCAGAAGCAGCUUAUGGUAACCUACUGGAAAUUGACUCUCUUUCAGAAAUACGUGAUAUAGUUGGCGACCCAGAUAGCAUUCGUAGCCAAGCUUUGAUUAUUCGUGAAAGGAUUUUGGGAAGGUCUCACCCGGAAACGCACUAUUUCAUUCGCUACAGAGGAGCUGUUUAUUGUGAUCUGGGUCAGUUGCAUCGAUGUUUCACGCUCUGGUUGCACGCCGUCGAAUUACAGCAAAGCAGCUUAUGUCCGUUACAUACAUCUAUUAUCUCUACCAUUACCUCAUUCAUGGACACUUUUAUGGCGACCGUCAAUGACGGAAUCAUCAGUGGUAAUGCGGAUGUUAGCCAGGAAAUGUGUUAUAUGUUGAGGGACCAAAUCUGCGAAUUGUUGAAUUGUGUAGUUCACGAAUUACAAAGGUUCAAAGAUUUGACUGAGAAGGUGAAGGUGGAAAGUGGCGAGGAGGUCGAUGUUAAACAUUCACCGGAAUUUCUUUUACAGUCCUGUUUACAACUCGUUUUACUCAAGUUUGUUAUAGAAGAAGAGGAACGAUUGGGUGCUGGCAAAAGCUCGAGAAGCUGUGAGAGUGAUUUUAAGUUGAGAAGAUAUUAUAAACUUAUUCGCUUGUCACCUGAAGAAGAGAAGGGAGAUUUGUCGAACAGUUUCCCAAUGAAGGAUUGGAAGUGCCAUCCAUUUGCUGGGUCUUUGUUGAAAACCCUUCAGAUAUGCAAAGCUUUAUCUUUGCAUCCCCUUCAUACUGCGUGUAGGGACAUCAACAAACCUAUAACGUCAAGAUUUCCCUCUGCUGAUGUUAUCGGAUGUUUGAUUAAAGCUGGGGCGGACGUCAACGAACUCAAUGAAUCAGGAGAAACUGCAUUGCACACUCUUUUGCUUGGGGAAAAGCCAAGGCAAAGUGUGGCAAGACUUUUGCUUGAAAAUGGUGCUAAUUUGUUUGCUCGGACGAAGAACGAUGAAACUUGCCUGUUACUCCUCCAAAAGAAACUGCGUAAUACAAUUGGUCAUCUAAAAGUUGGUGAGUUGACUUCUUAG